UAUAUAUGUAAGCGCCUUUAUGGUGUUUUUUUUUCGCUUUUGCUUUCGUCGCAAGUUAAUUGGAGAGCGCGAGUGUCAAACAACGAUAACCACUAAGCGGUAUAUCGAAUGUCAUCAGGUUUAUCCAUGGACAACAACAUCGAGGCCAUGUCGACUUCUACUGAAUCUAUUCACCAUGUUUGUGGCUUGAAAGAAUCAGAUCUAAACGAGUUUUUCUUAGCUCACGACCCUGAGUUUAACAACGAAGACUUGCAUGACCGCGUUUUGAUCUUCGAUGUGAUGAACGAGCAAAGACAAACCAAUAAUGCUGUCUCAACUACGACGCCUAUACUGGGAGUCAGACUAGAAACAUGUAGUAUUGCAGUAGAAGUAAUUUUGCCGUCCCCUUGCGCUGAAGGAGGUUUAAACCUGAAAGAAAUCGAAGUCAUUUCAGAACAAGUUAAGGUCUCAGAACGCAAAAGACAUUUAGACGAUGCCGAACAACAGCAGUCCCAAAAUAAGAAAUCCAGAGCAGAGUACGAGAGUGACAUAGACGAAAAUAUAGGCACGGCUGUUCCUAUCCAAGUCGAAACAACUACCGAAUUUGGAAAUGAUAAGCUAUGCACAAACGAGAAUAUGGCGGAAUAUGACUUUGUGAAUUCAGAACCCGUAACUAUACGCGCGCACAAGAUAUUCGUGCACGCGACAUUCCUAGCCGUACAUAGCAAGUACUUUCGAGCAAUGUUUUACUCGGGAAUGAAAGAAGCAACGUCUAAAGAAGUGCAUAUCAAGAUACAUGAGUCCGAAGAACAAAGUCAUUUAAAAAUGCUUGAAGCCAUAUAUCGUCCAUAUAUCCUUGAUAAUUCAUCCAUGGAGGAAUUGUUGAUUUGACACCUGAUUUGAGGUCAGGUGUCAAUUGGGACGCAAGUCCUGUUCCUUUCCCCAGUCACACUUAUGUCCUCUGUUUAUUGUAGAUGCAUGCGUAAUGAUUGUGUUGUGACAAAUGAUUAAAUUAAAUUAAAUUAAUUGUUACAGAUACUUGAACUGGCUGAUAAGUACGAUGUAACGUAUGUAUUCCGGAAGUGCAAAUACGUAAUACAUAAAUGCAAUCUUAGCAUUGCUGACUGCGAAAUGAUCAUUAACUGUAUCGAAAUCAAGCAAAAGAUGCCAUCCACUUCUGACCUGGCUGAAACCGUAAGAGGAUUUUUAGCGAGUGAAUUCAAUCCAUUUGAUACAAAAUGGGAAACCGACAAGUUUACUAGCUUAUCGGAAACAUUGCUGCGUGUUUUGUUAGGUUGUGAGAAUUUAGAAACACGAUCUGAAAAUACAAUUUUUCAUGCCUUGAUGUACUGGAUUGUAAGUACUGGUUACAACUAUCACAUUAUUCCAAACGAAACGGAAUCUCUUUUAAGUCUGGUUAAGUUUGGAUUACUCACAAUUGACUAUCUUUAUCAUGUCGUACAAUACCAUCACAUUGCGAAAGAAAUGCCAUCAUUCUCAGAGCUGUACCUGAAUGGAAUCACAUAUCAUGCCUUACCAAGCUCAAUGAAAAACAUUGUACCUACUCGACCGAAAUCUCAUGAAAAUACCGAGCAGUAUACAUGGGUGAUAACCAAGGAUGAAAUGGAAGCCUUACGGCAAAAAGGAAGGUUAACCGCGGAAGAAACGGAAAACGAACCAAAUAUCGCAUCCGACAAUUGCCUUAUAUCUCCUAGAUUUUGGUGGUGCGGUUAUGAGAUGCAAAUGAACAUGUUCCUUACCAAAACUUUCUCAUUAUGCCUGUACGGGAAGUUGCAUUUACUUGUUCAUGGCUUGAAGAAAAGAAGUAGACUUCCUGUUAAGUGGUUCAUACGAUGUGAUGAAAUUAAAUUCUGGCCCACAUCUUUCGUUGCAUACACGAUUUUCACUUUUGAAACAAAGAGUUCAGGCGAGGAUGUAAUAAUACGAAAACGUCCAGAGAUUGAGAACGGUCGUUUAGUAGUUCCUCAAGCAAUCACUAUUGGCAUAUGUAUUAGUCAUGAUCCGAGCAGACUCCGAUAA